GCACAUGCGCUGUGGUGUUCAUGUACACGGAAGUAACUGUGUUGUUGACUAUUUUGAACAAGUGGAAGAUAUGUGAUGCAAAUGGAUGACAUACCAAAACGCUUAAAUGAACAACAUGCUCGGCUACGUAUUGGUCGCGUUUCUAGCACUGGCAGUUGUGUUCGUUCCUCGCGAGUGGGCCGUUACAUUUGGAUAUGGAUCAAACAAGGGGCCGCCUAUGCGGCUCCUGAGCAGGCGUGAAUUAUCAGUGUACGACGGGGAGGAAGGCAGCAAGGGCCUUUACCUGGCCAUACUGGGGCAAGUCUUUGAUGUACACAAGGGGCACAAGCACUAUGGACCUGGUGGUGCUUAUCACUUUAUGGCAGGCAAAGAUGCCUCACUGGCCUUCAUCACUGGGGACUUCACAGAAAGUGGCCUGACAGAUGAUGUGUGCAGUCUGUCCCCACUGCAGGUGAUAGCCCUUUAUGACUGGCUAGCCUUCUAUCAGAGGGAAUACCAAAGUGUAGGUCUGUUAAUAAGCCGGUUCUAUAGCGAGACUGGGCAGCCCACGGAGGCCCUGUUGCAGGUGGAAGCAUCACUAGCAGAGGGCCAGCGAAUCAAGGCCCAGUCUGAGGCAGAGAUGGUACACUUCCCAGCCUGCAACUCAGAGUGGAGCGCCGCCAGGGGAGGAAGAGUCUGGUGCUCCACUAAGAGCGGUGGAGUGGAAAGAGGCUGGGCAGGUGUCCCGCGGAAGCUCUUCUCCCCAGGCUCCAGUAGUGUUCGUUGUGUCUGUGUUGAAAACCCAGCAGCAGCAGAGGAAGACCCCAACCUGCAGAAAUAUGACGGCUGCCCUCCGCACAGGGACUCAUGCUCUGUUGAAGAGUUCUAAUCUCUGGGCCAGCCCAGAAAGUGGACAUAUUCACGGCUUGUUUGUUUUUUUAACAGCACAAUCCUCAGGGACUUUUGACUUAUUCACAAUAAAGAGGAAGAAUUAAAAGUCAAUGAAUUGGUUUUUGAUGACCUUUAUGUAAAGUUGUCCUCCCUUUCUCUAAAAGGAUACACCAGGAAGAGACAGGCUAGAUAUCUGAGCAUACAGAUACAAUAUAAUGUGCAUAAAAGAUUAAACAAUGUGCAUAAAAGAUUAACAUAGGCAAGAUUUAGGUUUGUCACAAUGACAAGCACAAACUGCAUUUAAGUACAAAACAGUUGUAGUGGUCAAAAAUAUCACACAUUUAUCUGUACAAUUUAACAAUACUUAAAGAGGCCCCACUACUUGGCCACCCCUCUAAUCCACAUUCUCCCCCAUGAUCGGAAAUGUCAUGUAAUCUUGAUAAAGUGCACCCGUUAGGCUUAGAAAUCAAGAAGCGUUAAAUGUGAUGGGUCAAGACAACUUGACUCGAGGCAACAUUGUGGGGACUAUGAUCUUCCUACGAGGACCUCAUGGCAGAUAAAAAAAAAAUGGAAUGUUAUCAUUUGUGACUGAUUUUGAAAUAGGAUUUAAGAAUAUAACAAUGGCAUGUAAAGGCUACAAAUUAAAUGACAUGCAUAGGCAUAAUAGGCAUUUCUCUAACUGAAGAGGAUUGUUGAGAGAAUUUUGGACAUUUAUAUUCUUUUGUGAUAAAAAUCGGCUUUUUCCAGGUCCAUUUUCCCAACUUGCCAUGUUAAAAAGUAAGCGCUCUGUAUAAUUUGGCUGAUGCCUACACAUGAUAGACUAUGUACCAAUGGGAGAAAAACAGCCCUGUGUCAUGAGAAAUGUCAUCCUUGUCCAGUUGUGCCAUCUUUCACCUCUAACAUUAAAGUAAUUCAAUGUC